AUGCUAAAUAUAAACACAGGCAGAACUAGGCAAGAUGCUGCCAGCAGCAAUAUUGGCUCCACUCCGCACCUCAUCAACCCAGCAGAGGCGCCGGGCAUCCUUGGCAUCUCCACAGGCCAAGGCGCGCAAUGGGCUACCAUGGGUCGCGAGCUUGCAGUCGCGUCGCCGUUCUUCCGACGCAGCAUCGAGGCGUGA